AUGGGUGCUAGUGUCAGUAAUUUAGCAGAUCUUGCUACUAAUCCAUACUUGAUAAAACUCGUUGGUCAAGAAAGUGUUAACUGCAGCAAUGAGUACUGGAAUCGUCUGUUGCCUUUCGACAUACAAACACCACUCACAAAUGAGGCAUCAUUCUAUCUUGAAGCUGCUGUCUCAAGCCUGCAACAACGUUUCUAUCGGAAUGACUUAAGAACGCACAAUUUGGCCACAUUACUUCAGCAAUUUAUUGUCAAAGCUACAAGCGUUUUGGGUAGCAUCAAAAUGGGGCAGGAGAUUAACGCGUCGGAUAUUAAAAUGGCCCGGAAUGCUCUCCUUAUAUUCCGUAUUUUCACGAAAUACAUAUUGGAACAUCGUUCGAGUCAUAGCAUGAAUUUGCACUUUGCCGAUAUCACGUCUAAAGCAUCGAACUCCCCAUCACUUGCAGAAUACACAGUUCAUCUUCUGUUUCUUUUGGUUAUUGAAAUAAUUCCGAGUGAUAUAACAUACGGAUUGCUCUAUGAGUCUCUGUCGUCUUUGCUUAUCCUCCUUUCUGCUCAAGUUUCUGGUUACGGCGGCGAUGAAAUACCUGCUACUUGCAAGUAUUUUACGUCGAAUAAAUGUUUGGCAGACGCCCCAGCCUUCAUUCAUCGACUGGUGCUCAAUGUUGCCGAAAAUUUACCCUGUCCUCCCAAUAUGCUUGCGGAAAAUCACGCCCCAGGAAUGCUGUGGAAUGCUGCUUCAACCAUCGCAAGUGGUCUGAUGACGGUGGUGACACUGGGCUACUCACGCCGCGCAGCCAGCGCAAGGGCAGAGGCCAAAUUGGAGUCAGGCAGUCCAGGAGGUGGUGUGUUGCACCCACUGGCGAAGCAGAGCUGCCAUCUCCUCCUCGUUCUCACCACCCAAUCGACCGGCUUUAUCUCCGCCGCUUCCGCUGCACCCGAUACCGACGGCGAAGACGGUGCUACCUCGCCCCCUAACUCUGCUAGUGCCGCUGUCGCUGCUGCUACCGCCUCCAGAAGCAUCUUCCGGGAUAUUGGCUCAAACCCUUAUCGCGAGGCCCUGUUUGCCCUAACUCCUCUCGGCGAGGUCAACGCUGAGGCAAAGCACAAUGGUGGUCAAGGGAAGGACCUGGAGAAGGGAGGUGGGAACGAAAGGGGGAUCAUACCGCCUCGCAUUCCCUUCGGAAGGUUGUGUGAGACCCUUGCAUCCACCGUCAAUACUGACAGCUCCGUUCUCCUCCUUUACCUUCUCCUGCAUCGCAACGACUUCUUCCGCGCCUUUGUAAUGGAGACUCGGGCAUACGAGAAGUUUACAUUCUCUAUCUGUUCGCUAUUGUACCAAUCGCCGGCGGAGAAUUCGCACCUUGUAUACAUGGCCCUCAUAGUUCUGCUAAUUCUCACAGAGAACGAAAAUUUUGCCAAGGAUGUACACGACAUACCGGUAAAGAAACCACCACCGAAUGUAGAGCGACAGCUGACAGGCGUCUCCCUGGGCAGCCUUCUAGUCUACGUUCUCACUCGAACCAUUCGGCACCACCUCAAUCAGCUGAGGGACAAGUACCUGCACAUAAACAGUCUGGCUGCGUUGGCCAAUCUCUCACCGAAAAUUGCCAACCUCCAUCCCUACGUCAGUCAGGCUCUGGUUGACCUCUUACAGAAGUUGGUGAAACGGCAUAAGCGUCUGGUGAAUGAGAUUCGUACUCUCAACGAUCAGCUGAAGGAGCAAAAAAAUACCACUGGAACCAAGGUGCCCCCAUACCCAGACGUUCGAUUGAACAUGAUGUCGUCGUCUGAUGCUCUGCUUCAAGAUCUCUCGCUGUUGGAGGAGGUGAUUCGCAUGACCCUGGAGAUCUUCAAUUCCAUUCUCACUCACUCCCUCACCGCGAACACCCACCUCAUUUACAACCUUCUCUACCAACGCGAGUACCUUGCGCCCAUUCACAACCAUCCCUCCUUCAGUGAUUUGAUGCAGAACAUCGACACAGUUCUGGGCUUCUUUGCCUCCCGCAUUGAGAAGGACUUGGGUCUGCAUCCCACGGAGACCUCUGCAGUGAUGACAGUCAUCACAAAGUCCAUGGGCGAUUUUGCUCGCACUCACACCCUCAAGGAGUUUCAGGAACUGAAGUUCAAGUACGUGGAGGAGGAAUCGCCGGAUGAGUUUUUCAUCCCCUAUGUGUGGUCCUUGGUUUAUCGACACUCGGGACUGGGGUUUGAGCAGAAGUUACUCCACUCCUUCGGCGGCUACGAAUACUGUGCCAGUGAGGAGGAGGCGGAAGGCGAUGUUGCCACUACUACCACUGCUACUGAGACUACUACUGGUGCCAUUACCAGUAGCGACUUCGGCAAUCCCAAAAUUAAUGAGAGGCAAUCUGACAGUCCAGAAGCUGUGGUCUCGGAACAAUUCGGUCCCCGAGGUGGCAGUCUGUCAAAUAUCCCCAUUAUCCCAUACCAAUUGGCGGGCGUAAUGCCUCGUCAUGUCGACUUGACCGACGAGGAAGACUUAGAUUCUGUUUCCCUUCAGUUUCAAAAAAAGCGGUUUUAUGUGGAUGUAAAGAAGAAUUGGCGGGGUCGUUUCAUGAAGAUUGCAGAGGUCGGUCUGGAUGGAAGGAAGUCGAGGAUAUUGUUAACAAUGACGGCGGCGGAUGAUCUUAAGGACAAAAUUUUGGAUCUCGCGAAUGUUUACACUGAAAUUAUGGCAAGUAAUGCAGAAGGGUCAGUUGAUUCUUCCAGACAUGUUUCCAAAAUUGAUGGGGUUGUCAAAUCCCAUACCCUCAACUACCCCCACCGAAGGUAUUACCUGGAUCUCAAGAAAAACGCCUGGGGCUAUUUCCUUCGUGUAACAAUGCUUUCAACAAGUACUCGGAUAAAGUUGGCCAUUCCUGCAGAAGGGAUGCGUGAAUUGUACAACUCAAUUUGUGGUCUCUUGAAAACCUGGUGGAUUCCUGCGCCAGAUAAAAGCAAAAAAGAAGUAAAUUUGCCGCCUUCUCGAGCCUUUCGUGUUGAUAGUCGCACUCUUUACUUUGAUUCAGUCGUGAACCGACAUGGUGUCUUCCUACGUAUUUCUCAGGUUUGGGCUUCCAGUCGCUCUGCAAUCACCAUUCCUGGUCGAUCGAUAGGCAGAUUUAGGGAGAUUAUCAACGAACUUGCCGACCACAUAUCUGCAGCUACAAUUGAAGACAAGGAAAAUUGCUCAAACAAUGAAUUACAAGAUGGUAAGACUGAUGAAACAGUUUCUUCAAAGAUUUUGGAGGCCUCAGCCCUUGAAACAACCUUCCCGGAGUAA